AUGAGAAUGGCACUUACUAUAGAGCUUUGUUAUUAUAUUACUCAGUUGUUAAUCACCAAGCCAUCCACAAAAACACACGAUCCUAAGUUAGUACAGAAGAAUGAAUUGCAAUCAUAUAAUCUUAGCUGCGAAAUUAUAACAUUAGUUGAAAGGAUCGACUAUAAAAGAUGUGCUUUACUACAUCUAAUGCCAUAUGCGUUGUAUAUUAGUACAGUAUGCUUAUUCUUUAACUAUCAUUCACCAAAUACUAGCAUUAGAGAGACUUCGUACAUAAACUGUCGAAAGGGAGUUUCAAUAAUGAAAUGUAUGUCAGAAUUAAUUCCUGUUGCAAACGUGUAUUAUGAAAUAAAAAUAGUCAAAUCAGAUUGGAAGGUGCAAUUUGAUUUGAAAGAAAAUAAUGAGGAUUUGAAUAAUUUAGAAGUACUUUAA